ACCUUGUCAACUCAGAUGGCAUAAUCAACCCCCUCAUCGACAACGGCUACCUGCCCCAUGCCGCCAUUCGCCUAGGCAUCCGGCGCCAGCUAGCCGACCGCCUCUCCUCCAUUGCCACGACCUCGCUGGAAGCGGGCUACGAGUCGAAAAUGAAGUACGUGGAGCUGCUGCGCCAACGGCCCAUUGCGAUUGAGACGGCGAAAGCAAAUGACCAGCAUUAUGAAGUUGGCACUCAGGUUUUAAAGG